GGAAAACUGCCUUCGCUCUCAACCGCCCCAGGGGCAGCACUGCAGAGAUAGAGCUCUUCCGCACCGGGAAAAGGCGAGCGGCGACAGCUCAGCUGGAGAACAGCCGCCGCUGCCGCCAGAGGGGCUGCACCUUCCGCGCCGCAGCGACGGAGGAUCUUUCUUCCUCCUCUGGAGGAGUUUUGUCCUCUCCUGAGAACAGCGAUUGAUGCCCUUUCCCUGCAAUGGAGCCGGAGGGAACAGCUUUCACAGGACCAGCGGCCACAGGAACCCCGGGAUUCUUUUUGGCAAGGAACGAGCAGCAGUAUUUCUCUGAGCUCUUUUCGCUUUGCGGCGGAGGCGGCCAGCCUACUCCCGAGGCGGGAUCGAGAUUGCACCCCCCCGCUCUCGGGGGCAGUAAAGUGGCAGAGUUGUUCAGGGCGUCACAGCUCUCCGCGGAGAUGCUUCAUCAGAUUACAGACUUGUGUGGUGCUAAACAUGUCGGUUAUUUUGGUCGUACUCAGUUUUAUGCUGCUCUGAAGCUUAUAGCUGCUGCACAGUCUGGUCUCCCAGUACGAAUAGAAAGUAUUCAGAAUGAAUUACCUUUACCUCGAUUUAGUGCUCUGAAAAGUGAUACUGAAAUAAGGUACAUCAAUCUAUCAGAAGCACAUGGAGCAAAGUUUCAGAGUCCACAUACAACCCUUGAGAUAAAUUGCUUCAGAAAAUCAGGUGAAGAAGAAAAACAGGAAGAAGCGAAGUCUCCCCCCAUGUCUCCCAUUGUUUCCCUUCUUCCUUCUCCCUCAAAUUACCAGAAAAUUCCUUUGGGAUAUGGAUAUAAUAUAUUGAGAAGUGGGCUUGAGCAACAGCAUGGAGGUUCCUAUGAAGCUAGGCAUUCUAUUCAAGAUGGAUUGACUUCAGGGAAUUAUGGGCCCAAAUCAAUACCAACUCACUCAUGUGUUGUUCAGUCUCUUUCAGUAGAAAGAGAACCACAGGACAACAGUAGUAAUUACCCAGAUGAUCUUUGGAGGGUAACUGAGGAACAACGAGACUAUUAUAUCAAUCAGUUCAAGUCUUUACAACCGGAUCUCAACUCUUUCAUUUCAGGUUCUGUGGCUAAGAAUUUCUUUACAAAAUCUAAACUGCCGAUCCCUGAGCUUUCACACAUAUGGGAACUUAGUGAUGUUGACUGUGAUGGAGCAUUGACAUUAGCAGAGUUCUGUGUUGCCUUUCACCUUGUUGUUGCUCGGAAGAAUGGCUAUCUUUUGCCAGACAGCUUGCCAGAGACGCUCUUGCCUGACUAUCUUCAUGCAGCUUCCCUUAAACCUAAAGGUGAAUACAUACUGAAAUCUUAUUCAGAGUCAUUGUCAGUAAAUCAAUCAACACACUUUAGUAGGACUGAGCUUCCAAUUGAUGAGAAACCUGUUAAAGCUGCCCUGAUUCAGGAUACAGUUACUGAUGAUCAAGGUCUGAAAGUGAGUGAUUCUACCCAAGCAGCGCCAAAGGAAUUUAAAGUAUCUCAACAUUUGCCUUUCAAAACAGUUGCUCAAGAAUCAAACACACUUAAAACGAGACCAAGGUCCAGGUCUUACUCUAGCACAUCUGUUGAAGAUACAAUGAACAAAGGGGGAGAACCACCAGCUCCCCCACCACGACCUCAAAAAUCACAUUCCAGAGCUUCCUCUUUAGACUUAAAUAGUAUUUUCCAGCAAAACACUCACGUUAGAUCAGGCUGGAUACCACCACCACCUGCUCUACCUCCCAGGCCCUUUGUAUCACAGGUUUCUCUUCCUGUCAUAAAUACUGCAACAAGCACUCAACCCAAAUCAAGCUAUAUGAACUUCACUCUUCAGGAACAGAUAGAACAAGACUCUGAAAUAAACUCACAUUUGCCAGUGAACAUGUCCCCAUUACAAGAAAGCAGCCCAGCAAAAAAGGACCUUGUACUUACUCAGCUACCAUCAAAGCCAAUUCACAGAAAAUUCCAACCUGAAAGCCACUUGCUAGAGAACCAGGAAGUUUCUCCAACGAAAAGUGCCACUGCCUCUUCCUUACCUACCAUCAAACCUCAUCAUGCAUUUCCAAAACAGUCUUCAAAACAGAAGAAAGCUAUUCAGACUGCUAUUCGUGAAAACAAAGAAGCUAAUGCAGUGCUAGUUCGGUUGAACAGCGAACUCCAGCAGCAACUGAAGGAAGUUCACAAGGAACGAAUUGCACUGGAAACUCAAUUGGAGCAACACCGACCUGUAACUGUCUUAUGAACAUUAUUUUUACACACAGUUUGUUCUAUGAAACAUGGCACUUUGUAUAAUACGUUGGCAUUUUUUUUUCUAACAAGGCAGCUUCAUCUGAAAUAGUUGCCAGAUAUCUUUACAUUUCUUGUACCAGUUACCUUGUUGGCAAGAAGAUGCACACCAUCCAAAUGACAACCAUAGUACCUAAACUAUUUUUCCACUAAUCUAGCCAACCCUUUCUUUCUAAAGGACAGGAGAAGGACAUUUAUAUUGUGUAUGUGUGUAUCCAAGAAAUUAUAUUUUGCUUAACACUGUCUCAUAUUUUAACUAUUAUUUCCAUAUGCUUUUUAUGAGCAUUUAUAGCACAUUGUAUUUAUCAUGUAUAAUAUCUUCCUAGUUUCUCCCCCCACCCCCCUUGUUUUAUUAUCACUAAUCACCUUUGGUAGAAAGCACAAAUUUGUUGUAUUGAUAAAAUAUAUCCACACUCUUCUCUCUACAACUUACCACUGCAUAUCAAUUCCUUGCCUAUUCCUAGAAGUUGACAUACUGUCAUUGUUCCAUAUUUCUGCUGCAGUUUGAAGGAAGCGAUGUACAGUGGCCUGCAGCCAUAGUUUAAUACACUGUGUGCACAAUUAUUAGGCAAGUUGUA